UGUGUCACUAUGGUUUCUUGAAGUGUUGUCGUUAACUUUAUUUGUUUUGUGUGAAAAAAGUGUUUUUCAACUAUGGCUGACUUAAGUGUUGAUAUAUCAAAGUUGCCUGACGAGAUAAGAGAUAAAUUAGCCGAGUUGGACUUGGAGUUAUCUGAAGGUGAUAUCACACAAAAGGGAUAUGAGAAAAAGCGGACAAGACUUCUCACUCCGUACAUUCCUCAACAACAGCCCCAAGCAGGUAGCCAGCCACCUCGAGGUCCUCGCGGUGAAGGCGGAUGCAGUCGACAGCAUACCAGGAACAGACGGACUCAUCGUCGUGUCACGCACAAUGAGAAGAGAUACCAUUCAGAAGUGAGGCAGGAGGCAGUACAGCAAGCGCUCGCCGAAAUGCAGAACCGGCCAAAGCCCUCGCUGCCGAUGCCUUCGAAGCGGACGUCAAUGAUGGCUAAAAGCCCCGACAGAGAGCGUCAUGACCUCUCAUCGAGUUCAGACGAAGAUUCGUGCGCAGGUGAGUCAGAGCUGCCUCCUCCACCGGAGUUAGGCUCGCCUCCAGCACGUCGGCCCGCUGCUCCUCACCCCAGGGUGCAUCCCCACCCGCUGCCACAACCCCAUCAAAGGGAGAAGAAACACGCACCCAGGGAGAGGACUGAGAUAGACUUGUCAGAAAUCACACACCUACCGCCAUACGUAACCCACACCUCGUCCGGCGGCCGCAGAGGGGGUGUCACGCUGAUAGCUGACCGAGUGCAGUGCUACUCGCAGCCCGAGGACACCGGAACUGGCACAGGAAGGUGGAAGGUCUCAGCCAAAAUUCAGCAAUUACUAAACACCCUGAAGCGGCCAAAACGCCGCCCACUGCCGGAGUUCUACGAAGACGAUGACAUAGAACUGGAGAUCGCUGCAAACCCUAAAGACCCAAAUGCGCCGAAACCAGAGGGCGGCACUAUGACGCCCGCGGUUGGGGAGCAACUGGUGGUCCCUGCUGGUUUACCCAGGAAUCUUGAAGGAGCUUUACAGAGAUACGGCACAGCAUCAUUCAAAGCUAAUGUCGCCACGGUCCUAGAUCCCAAUGGGAAACUUAGUAAUUCACUGACUUAUGGUAAACUCCUAAGCCGCUCGCUCAAAAUAGCACACGCAUUGCUCAACAAAACCUUCACAUCUAAGACUAGCAGUGGUGGUCCAUUGACUGGUGAUAGUUCCAUCAAACCUGGCGACAGGGUCGCUUUGGUCUAUCCCAACAAUGAUCCGAUCAACUUCAUGUGCGCUUUCUACGGGUGCCUCCAAGCUGGGGUGGUACCUGUGCCUAUAGAAGUGCCCUUAACCAGACGCGACGCAGGCUUACAACAAGUAGGGUUCUUGUUGGGCUCAUGUGGAAUACAGUACGCUCUCACUUCGGAAGCGUGCAUGAAAGGACUACCGAAAACGUCUUCGGGUGAUGUGGUCUCAUUCCGUGGGUGGCCGUCCCUGCAAUGGGUGUCCACCGAAAAGUUGCAAAGACCUCCCCGUGACUGGAUUCCUCCGCCGCGCCCCGCUGAAGACAGCCCCGCUCACAUCGAGCACACAUCCGCAGCUGAUGGAUCCGCCAUGGGUGUUAUUGUUACCAGAUCCGCAAUGCUAGCCCAUUGUCGUAUGCUAUCUGUAGCAUGCAACUACACAGAGGGCGAGCACAUGGUUUGUGUACUGGAUUUUAAGCGAGAGACGGGAUUAUGGCACGCCGUACUGGCCAGCGUACUCAACGGGAUGCACGUGAUAUUCAUACCUUACGCACUGAUGAAAGUAAGCCCAGCGUCCUGGAUGCAUAUGAUCACCAAAUACAGAGCAUCAAUUGCAAUCGUGAAGUCCCGUGACCUUCAUUGGGGUUUGCUAGCAACCCGCGACCAUAAGGAGAUCUCGCUAGGUUCGCUCAGGAUGCUGUUGGUCGCCGACGGUGCUAACCCGUGGUCUUUGUCAUCAUGUGACCAGUUUCUGUCCGUAUUCCAAACUAAAGGUGUCCGUGGCGAUGCGAUCUGCCCCUGCGCUUGUAGUAGUGAAUCUCUGACGGUCUGCGUAAGGCGCGCCGGUCGCGGCGGUUCCUCUGCUGGACGCGGUGUUCUCUCAAUGUCAGGCCUAUCUUAUGGUGUAGUGAGAGUUGACGCUGAAAACUCCCUAACAUCACUUACAUUGCAAGACUGCGGACAAGUAAUGCCUUCAUGCGUCAUAGUAGUAGUGAAAAUGGAGGGUCCUGCCUUCCUAUGUAAGACGGAUGAGGUGGGUGAAAUCUGUGUGCUCUCUGGUGCCACUGGUUCAGGAUAUUGGGGCCUUCCGGGUCUGACCAAUACAGUAUUCAGAGUUAGGCCUUUGGAUUCUGAUGGUGAGCCAAUAGGCGAAGAACAUUACGUUAGAAGCGGUUUGCUUGGUUUUUUGGGACCGGGCGGUUUGGUGUUUGUAUGUGGAUCCCGGGAUGGUUUGAUGACAGUAACAGGACGCAAACACAAUAUGGAUGAUAUAAUCGCUACGGUUCUAGCGGUGGAACCUAUGAAGUUUAUAUACAGGGGACGUAUAGCUGUGUUCUCAGUAAGGGUACUCCGUGAUGAGAGGAUCUGCAUUGUGGCAGAACAAAGGCCCGAUUGUGGGGAAGAAGAAUCAUUCCAAUGGAUGUCACGCGUGCUUCAAGCGGUCGAUUCGAUCCACCAAGUGGGCAUCUACUGUCUUGCUCUCGUUCAGCCAAACUAUUUACCCAAAACUCCACUGGGGGGUAUACAUUUGAGCGAGUGCAAAAGACGAUUCUUAGAAGGCACAUUGCAUCCGGCGAAUGUGCUUAUGUGUCCUCACACAUGUGUUACCAACCUACCAAAACCAAGGGAGAUACAUUCCGGUACUGUAAUCGUAAUUAGGAAUUAUUAUUUAGAGCUGAGCGAAUCGCGAGCUGUGCGCAUUGUUACAGUCAAACUUUUUUGUACUAUACAUAACAUACUUUUGUUUCUAGAUGUGGGUCCAGCCUCUGUAAUUGUUGGUAACCUGGUGCAGGGCAACCGCUUGGCUUCCGCUCAGGGUCGCGAUAUGGGAUACACGGAUGACUCUGAUGCCGCUAGAAAAUAUCAGUUUAUAUCCCAAAUUUUACGGUGGCGAGCUCAAAGCACGUCGGAUCACGUCAUAUUUACAUUGCUCAACUCAAAAGGGACCGUUUCCAAAGUGCUCACAUGUGCCGAACUACACAAAAAAGCUGAAAGAAUUGGCAACUUGCUCCUAGAGAAGGGACGAGUAAAUACUGGAGAUCACGUCGCCUUAAUAUUCCCUCCCGGCCUUGAUCUCAUAUGUGCGUUCUAUGGUUGUCUGUACGUCGGUGCAGUGCCAGUUACCAUCCGUCCUCCUCACCCACAGAACCUGCAUACCACGCUUCCGACAGUCAAAAUGAUCGUUGACGUGAGCAAAGCUACACUAAUUCUCUCGAAUCAAUCUGUGAUAAAGCUACUCCGUUCCAAAGAGGCAAGUAAUGUGCUAGACAGCAAAGCGUGGCCCAUCACGCUAGAUACUGACGAUAUGCCUAAGAAAAAAUUGCCUAUUCUUUAUAGAGCACCCACAGCAGAAAUGCUCGCAUAUCUAGACUUCAGCGUAUCCACUACUGGUAUGCUCGCAGGCAUAAAGAUGUCACAUGCGGCAGUCACUUCACUCUGCCGUUCCAUGAAGAUAGCGUGUGAACUUUACCCAUCUCGCCAUAUUGCUCUUUGCCUGGACCCAUACUGUGGCCUAGGGUUCGCCUUGUGGUGCUUAAGCAGCAUUUAUUCCGGCCACCAUUCUAUCCUAAUUCCACCCUCUGAAGUAGAAAUCAAUCCGGGGUUGUGGCUUAGUGCCGUCUCUCAGUAUAAAGUUCGUGACACGUUCUGUUCUUAUGGAGUAAUGGAACUGUGCACUAAAGGUUUAGGCAGCUCUGUCAAUCAGCUCAAAUCGAAAGGCAUCAACUUAGCCUGCGUGAGAACUUGUGUAGUCGUCGCCGAAGAGCGACCUCGUAUAAACUUGUCAAAUUCGUUUUCUAAGUUGUUCUCGGCUCUUGGUCUAAGCCCAAGAGCCGUUUCCACAUCUUUUGGAUGUCGCGUGAACAUUGCUAUUUGCCUACAAGGCGCUUCUAGUCCCGAACCAUCUACGGUAUACGUUGAUCUUCGUGCAUUGCGGAACGAUCGCGUCUCGCUGGUCGAACGCGGCAGCCCUCAUUCACUUUGCCUAAUGGAAUCAGGGAAGCUUCUGCCCGGAGUAAAAGUCAUAACGGCCAAUCCUGAAACAAAGGGUCAAUGUGGAGACUCACAUCUGGGAGAGAUAUGGGUGCAGUCACCUCAUAAUGCGAGCGGAUAUUUCACUAUAUACGGUGACGAGAGUGACUACGCUGACCAUUUUAGUGCUCAAUUAGUUACGGGAAACACAGGGGAGGUGUACGCAAGAACGGGUUAUCUCGGGUUUUUGAGGAGGACUGAGAUAAGUACGACGGCUUCGAGUAGUGACGACACGUCGCUGAUGUUGCGAGACAGUGAUACUGAAUCGCUGGCAUCUGCUUGCGGUAGCACUAGUGGGCUGUGUGGCGGUGACACGCACGAUACACAUGACGCAGUGUUCGUGGUAGGGGCACUCGAUGAGACCAUCAUGCUGCGCGGCAUGAGAUACCAUCCCAUUGAUAUUGAGAAUUCAGUGAUGAGGUGCCACAAGAAAAUCGCAGAAUGCGCCGUUUUCACUUGGACGAAUUUACUAGUGGUGGUUGUAGAGUUGGACGGUAACGACAGCGAAGCCCUCAACUUAGUACCACUUGUCACCAAUACGGUUUUGGAGGAACACCACCUAAUCGUUGGCGUGGUCGUCGUGGUGGAUCCGGGCGUCGUGCCAAUCAACUCUCGUGGUGAGAAACAACGUAUGCACCUCCGCGACGGUUUCCUAUCAGACCAAAUAGAUGCCAUUUAUAUAGCUUACAACAUGUAAUCAGGUUUUGAACUAGCGCACAAUAUCUAACGUGACCCGUGGACAUGGAAUGUACAGUCGUCAGCAAUAACUGAAGGCACAGUUGGCCUUUGUUCACAUAUUAAACCGUAAUCGCUGACUGUACAAAGUAGAUCUCAAUUAAAUGUAGUACAGAUCGAGUAAAACAGUGUGCUGCACUAAACACGAAUGUUUUAUAUUGUAGGGUCAGUAUAUACUUUCUAGUUAUUAGUCAUCAUCGAUUAAUUUGUAUCUUUAAUCUAUAUAUUUCCAAUGCUAUAUAAUCUCCAUGCGUGUGAUCAUAAUAUACACGCGCAGAUACAUUCGAGACGAACAGUUGGAAAUAGUUUUAAGACUGUGAAAGCUAAUAUUUUAUUUCUAAGCGUAAUAUAGACAUCGUUUUCUAAUCGAAAUUAAUCUGCACAUUUUGACUCGUUCCACAAUUGAGACAAGACUGACUUAAGAAUCAAGGUAUAUUGAUUUAACAUUAAGGACCCAUGUUUCAAAAUUAGCAUGUGGAUGGGUCGGUCAGUUCGCGUUAGACAUUGACAAAGGAGAUCACCAAAAUGUUUAGUAUUUUACACUAAUUAUAACUAUUAUAAUAAAUAUGAAGAUUAUGUAACAUUUCCGUAAAAUGAAAACGCACAGAUAUAUUUCAAUAUUUAAUCGGCCGACUUAACUGGGCACCACGCUUAGUUCGUUAAAUCACGCCCUCGUUUUCUAAUCUGAAUAUUUAAAUUUCCAUAUGCUUCUAUGAGGAAAUGUAUAAUUAAAAUAUUUUCUGGCUACAAAACCUAAAUUAAAGAAAGUUAAUGUGACUUUUGCAAUGACUGCUGUUGGAUUAUUAUUUUUAUUACAUAAUCAGUAAUAUAUACCAACUUGAAUUUGAAUAGGAUUAAAUAAAGUAUAGAAUUCGCGCCGAUGCGGUGAUCGAGGUCCGUGAGUUAACUGAAAUAAAUACAUUAAAUAACCAUUUUUUUUUCUAUUUAAUUUGCUAUUCUACAUAUUAAUUUCAUAGGUAUACAGUAUACAAUUAUUAAUGAGAUUUACUAUAAUUUGGCGUUUUACUUGAUAACUUUAUUUUCUUACGUCUACAUUAAUUUAGUGUCAAAUCAUUAGUCACAUUGCUAUAUGAUCACAGUAAUCUCUUGGCUUCGGCCCGUCGACGAAGUAUAACGUGUUUUAUAAUAUAAAUCAAGUAAUUUCUAUGCUAGUAUAUAUAAAUGUAUUACAUCGGUAAUUUAAUAUAGUGUUAGUGUUUAUAAUUAUCGGUGAUUAAUGGUAUGCAUUUAAUGUCUUAGUUUUUGUUCCAUACGGUCGACAAUAAAUAUUGGGCAGGCUCCGUUCACUGAUCUAUGUGUGUGUAAUAUGCCAAUAGUGAUCUUGAAUGUAUUCUAUUUGACGGGAACGUCUUAUUGAACGCGUAGGUCAAACAUUCUUAUGUUCUUACAUUGAUUAUUGUUUUAAAUAAAAUCCCACCACGAACGAAUAGACGUUCAUAAUCUUAUAUCUAUUAAUAAAAAAGAAUAUAACGGUUUAAAAAAAACCACAUACCCCGCCUUGCUCUCGUAGAGUAGUCAGAAAUUAAAGAUCGCCAGUUGUUCAACAGAUCCAUUCUACUCGGUGUAUUCAUCGUAUGUAUUAUUAUCAACAAUUUUUAUUCAUACUGGAAAAGAAAUAUGUCAAUGCCAAUUACAAUAGUUUAUUUGAGAUCAGUGCUCAAAAAAAUUGUUUGAUCAGAAAAACAAAACAAAUAUUUAUCUUUAAAAAUGUUCACUUUUACGUUAAAAUGCACUUAAAUUAAUUUUGAUCAUGCGAGUCUCUACUAUGUCUCUACACGCUUACAAUACUAGGCUUACCUCAAAAUCUCAGUUCCUGUUAACAUUUUUCACUUUUCACAUUAAGCAGUUAUCGUGAUCACAACAAAGGAGGUGGUCAUAACCUCAUUUGUUAUUUGUUUGUUCCUCAUCCCUUGAUAAUAAAUCGCAAGAUAUUGCUAGUGUUGCGGUAUAGACCGUAAGACUAAUAAUGUCUAUUUUUUACUGUUAAUAUUUUUGAUAUUCACAUUUAGACAUGAUGAUACACAUUUCCGAAUAAUAAUUUAAAAUGUUAUCAUGUGACAAUCAUGCAAGUUGGCUUUAUAAACAAUUCAAAUCAACACAAUUAUAGUGAGGGUAUAGUGGUUUUCGAAAAUGUACAAAGUAAAUGAGAUGAAAAAAUGACAUAGACACAGAAUAUCACCUCACGAUACAGGAGUAAUUCUCUUGUGUGUCAUCUAUAUGUAAUAAAAAGUUAUUCUCCAGCGUACUUGUUUCAAAAUGGAUGAUACGAUUUUUGGAAUAACUAAUACCAGUAUGGACCUUCAUAAUGUCAUUUUGCAUGAUGUCUAUGUUUUUAUUUCUAACUAAAAAUUUGGGAGGUAAGUAUGCGGUUACAAGCAGCAGGUACUCGAAAGGUAGGUAGGUAAGCGAUCACAAUGUUAUAAUAUUUUAGUGAUUAGCAAAAUUCUCCGUCGAGACUUCUAGGUCUUUUCUAUUGAUAUAUUUGUGCUAAAUAAAUAAAAUUGCUGCAAAAUGUUCAACGAUAUCGACUUGUACUAAAUAGGCAGUAAUUCUAAUUAUUAUAAUGGUAACACUUAAUAUAAAUGCUACAUUUUUAAAAUGUUAAUUUUUAUUAGGUUAUUGCUUUAUACUGCCAUAUUAAAAAGUAUUUGAAAAAUACAAAAUUAACUAUCUACAUUGAUUCAUGGUAAUAAGUGUAACUAAAUAUGAUUUGACCAUGUUUAUUGUUGUGUAAAAUAUUUGCUUUGACAUUUAGGUAGUGACAUUUUAUUUCAAUAUUAUAAUCCUUAUUUACAGACGUAGUUAAUAAUUUUAUUGUGUUACAUCUUGGAUAAUUAUAUUUAAUGAAUACAUACUAGUAGUCCAAAUCAUAAAAUACAUGGCAGGAUUGUUUUCUUUUUGCUUGAAAGUUGGGAAAUGUAUCUAUAGUCAAAUUAUUGAGUAUUUGUCAGGAUUCUUUACCUCGUCAGCUAGUGUCAAUUACAACUUUGUUGAUACAGCCUUAAUUAAAAAAUAUAAUUUUUUCCAGUACAUCUAUACGAGAUCUUGUAAUAUUAAUUAAUAUUACAAGAUCUCGUGUGAUCGACAGUGUGUAUAAAUAUUAUCUAUGCUGUAAUAUUCAUUUAUUGUAUUUUCACAAGUAGCUCAAAAAAUAUAUUAAAAGUAUAAUAUGUUAAUAUAAUUUACAAGUAUAUUAAAAGCAAAAACUUGCCAAAAAGUUACUAAAGUCAUAGAGAGGCAAGUACAUUAUGAAAACAAGUAAUAUAUAGUAUCAGUGUAACUUAAUAAAUUGCAGUCAUAUCUAAAUUGGUGAUUCAUCGUUUGAUGAUGUAUCAACUUGAUACGUCAUCACACAAAUAUACUCAAUAAUUCGGUAAUAGAUAAUUUGCCAUCGGUAUCACUUAUAUAUUAUUGGGAUAAAAAGAAUAUGUACAACGUAAUUGGUUAGUCGGAAUUAUAUCGAUCGAAUAUCAGUGAAUCGAUUUCAUUUGGUACUGUGAUUUUAUGUUAAAUGCCACCAAUCAUAUUUUUUCUUUGUAUUUCGGGCACAGAUUAUAUUGAUAUUGUUUAAAUAUAUUUAAUUUUAUGAAUUAAUGAUAUAUAACCGAUUACGAUGUACUUGGUGCAUAUUGAAAUGUAUUGAAAUAAGUAAUAUACAAACAUUAUGAAUUCGAUACAUAGUGCGAGUUCAACGCUUAUAUUAUAUGAUUUCAUUCCAAUAAGCUUAUUAAUUACAAUUACAAUAGGCGUAAAGAAAUUAUCUGAUUAAAUUUAUUUGUCAACUAUUUAGAUUCUAUUAUUUUAUUGAUAGUAUUUCUUUUUGUAAUUAUUUAUUGCUAAAUUGUAAAUAUAUUUUUUGUUAUUUAAUUUUACGUUAAAUGAUUUCUGUAUUCUAGCUUUUAAAAUGUUGUUUUGACUAUAAUGAAUAAAUAAGAAAUGUAUUGACUAGCUGAUUUUUGUACUAAAUCAGAGAAUCCUUUAGUUUGCGAAAUAUAACCUAUAUAAUUUUCGUGGUUAUUACAAAGUGUAGUCAUGUUAAUGAAUAAGUGUAAAAGUAGAUAACUCAGUUCAAUGAACAAACUUAUAUUAAUUUGUAAUAUUUCAUUAUUGUAACUUAGCAUAUUGGUUUUGUAAAGUUGGCAGUAAACAACUUGAAUAAAAUUUAUAAUCACUCUUGCACAGAUGCCGAUAUUGUUACUGGGCAGGUUACGUGCCAU